AACCACAAAAGUAGAUAUAGUAGCUAGGGUGUAAGAACCACAAAAAUAAAACAUAAUCAGAUUCCAAAUCCAUGGCAAUGAUAUUGAAUCUGUCUUCCAUCAUUCCAGCAAAAUUAACAAAGAGAAGGCAUGUAGUGAAAUGCGAAUCGAGAAAACUGGAGGUAGGGUCUCCCAUAAUAGUGAUUCAGGCUCCAAAGCUGCUCAAAACUGCUUCUUCUGUUCCUUGCUUGCGCGCCAACGCCGGCUUAGUCAAUCCCGGUGAUGUCGGAAGGAUUGUUUCGAGGAAGCCUAUGGAUGUGUGGGCAGUACGACUGAGUAUUGGGAAAAGAGCUAUGAUCGUAUAUCACUUUAGAAUGGUUUCAAUGAAGUUAGAAUACCCUGCCGUGUAUCUUCCCUUUUGUCUUUCUAGUAACUAAAAGAGUGUCAAGAAUUCAAUCUGGUGGUGUAAAGUUGUUUUCUAAAUGUACUUUUUUAGCAUUUAUAAUUUUAUAUUUAUUUUUAUGGAAUUGGCUUGUGGAAGCUCUUUAGUGGUUCAGGCUUUAUGCCAAUUAUAAAUGUGUUAAUGGUUAUGAAGUA